CAAAAGACAACAAAAUCUAUGAUUUUAAUACUAAUAUAAAUGCUACCAUAUCAGCUGUACAAACUAAAAAGCUUAUACAAAAACUUAAAGAUACAACUCAAACAAUCCUGCAAUUUCCAAUUCUACAACAAAAAGUACAUACUGAAGAAGUACCAACUACACCUUCAUCUCUCUUUCAUAUUCAUACCUGCCCAGCAUGCAACCAA